AAUCUUAUCAAAUGCUAGAAGUUUUCCUCAUUAUCCCGUUUAAAAAACAAAAACAAAAAUUGAAAUUUUGACAGAAAACAUACUAUCGGCAAUCUGUUACUGGAAAUCAGAUGUAGAUCUAUCUUCCCAGUGUGUUAUAAGUGGAGACCAUCCCACUCAAAUUUUUAGGAUUAUUAAGCUAGCAUUUCACCCCAAGUUGAAAUAUUAAGCACACUUAAUUUUGGUUGCUUUCUUAGAAUCAUCCUUUGUAAACUGUUCUGCCCCUUCCAGUGGUAAAAGUUUUGGAGCAGAAAACAAUCCCUUUCUUUGUCCUGCUCAGCUCUACUUCUGUUCCAAGUCUGCCUCUCUCAUGUAAUGGAAUGUGUAUCUUCUCUCACUGUUUCUGCUUUAUUGCUUAUCCAAUUCAGUGGCAAGCAUCCCUUAUCCCAUGAUGGCACCUGCUGCUCUGGCCUACCGUGGAACUCUGCGAGGGCGUGGCCGAGCCACUAUCUAUAAUCCCAUUCGAGCAGCACCUGCCCCUACUCCAGUUCCAGCCUAUGGCAGCGUGCUGUAUCCAGAUGGUCUAUACAGUUCUGAUCUCUACGGUUAUCCUGCAGCAUACAGAAUGGCCCAGACACCAGCAGCUGCAGCAGCCACAGCCACAGCAGCAGCAUACAGCGAUGGGUAUGGACGGGUCUACACUACUGCUGAGCCUUACCACCAUGCAGUAACCCCUGCCUAUGGAGUUGGUGCCAUGGCCAGUUUAUACCGAGGAGGAUGCAAUCGCUUCACUCCGUACUGAAGGACCAAGCACUGGGACUGAGCAACCAGGAAAUGUCCGUCAGUUGAUGGCACGGAUGUUGGGAUCCCCUUGCUGAGAUCCUUGUCUCUCUGUGUGUGAGUGUGUAUUGGUCUGUGUAUGAAGGAGAGAAUUAGACCAUUGGUGUGGAUAUCUCCCACCUAGCAAUACACUUGGUACUAGGGACUGCUCAGGAAUUUUCCCUGAUCCCAUAAGAAUUCUUAGCAUUAUUCACAAUUUGGGCAUCUUCUAUGUCUUCUGAUUGGGUAGAGACUAGCAGCUGGGCAGCACACCAAAUCAAAAUGCAGAUCAAACGGCAGACACACAAUCAUAGCUAAGUUAUGGGUCUUGAGCUCCACAGGUAUCCUAUUUCAGUUGUUAGACUGUGCUGAGGAAACUUUGGGGCUUGGGAACUCCAUUUUAUGUCUUGAACUCUAUCCAAAAAUUCUCUCAACCAUAAGUAGAGAGGCUUCCAGUCUUUGUACUGGAUCUGGUGCAUUUUUAAAAUCUGGAUUGAGGUUCUUAUAAUUGUUAGGGCCUCAGAUAAGGAUGGGAGCACUACAGUUUCACCUGAUCAAAUAGUCAAACACUGUAAAAUAAUUGAUUUCCAAGCCUGUGGGGUCAAAACAAUAGAUUUACACAGUUUACACUAACCCAGUUUUCCCAUGAAACUUGGGAACUAUUAUUGGAAAUGACUGAAAAUAGUCAGUCCAAACUCUCUUGGGUUAAAUUUCCCACAGUUCCUGGGGGAGAAGACAAGAUAGUAGUUUCCCAGCUGAUCUCUAGAGAUGACAUGGAGAAAGAGUGGAAAAUAUGCCACUCUCUUGAGGUUAUUGGAUUCUAGCUCCAGACAUCUCUGGCCAUCGGCUGGAAAAGACCACCUGGAGGGCCAUAUGCUGCCAUGUCACUUAGAUUCUUCUGCAGUUCUCUGCUUUCUCUCCUCAUUGCCUAUCCUUUUCCUGUGCUUUGAAUGCUCUUUUAUAUUUUUCUCCUCCAUGCUAGCUCUCACACGUCUCUCUCUUUUUUUUUCUGUGUCCCUUGUAUUUCCAAUCUGCUUUGGGUAGCUGAAACAAGAUUCUUUCGGUAAAAAUGAGAAUCAAGUUUUUGGCUUACAAAUGUUCCCUAUUUUUAUUCAGUUAUGAAAAUUUGUCAACACGUUUCAGAUAUCCUUUCUCUCCAGCCCACCCACCCACCAGUCUGGGAUGGCCAGGAAGUAGAAGAAACAGUUCUGUUUGCAGGAAUGAUGCAACUUUACUUGCCUCAAGAGAAAAUAUCCUUUUCUAAGAGGCAAUUACUAAACAAGCAGGCAGUGCUUUUUUCAUAGUUCUUCAAUAUCUCUCCUGUGCAAAAACCCCUUUUUUAUGUCUGAGUUGAAAAGCAAACAGCUCCCAUUUCUCUAUUUACAACUGACUGGGCUGGGAGUAACAUCUUUUAAUACUGGCAAUAAGAUGCAUCCUCCAUUCAUAUUAAGGGCAAGGCUUCCUUACUGCGAACAGGGUCAGCUUCAAACAUUUUGUCAUUGCUUCAUUGUAUUCAGCAUGCCAUCAGCUGGUUUAUACUUCUGCGUAAAGUUAGACAGGUCCUGUUGCAGAAGUUAAGUCCAUUUAUAUGGUAUAUGGAAAAGCAUGCCUAUGUACAGUGUAUGCAUUAUACAUUGUAUAUCCAUCAUUUCAACAUUUUUUGGAAAUGACAAUGAUAUAAACUUGUACAUUGCAAUCUGUGCACUUAAAAAGACAUUUCUAAAAUAUUUUGGUAUGAACUGUGCCUCAUACUCUUAACAAUUCUGAAAUGUGGAACAACAAAUGGGGAAGAGUUGUUAUUUUUAUAUUAAAAUAUGAAUAAUUUAGCUGGUAUACAAAUAAAUACUUUAUUUGUGGAUAUAUAGGAAAAAUCAACAAAUUAGAAAUAUUGGAAACUUGAAAAUCACUAUUUGGGAAGUUUGCAUCUACUGACAUAUAUGCUGAUAUAGAUAUACACACGCAGGGAUGUUAUUUUAGGACGGAAGGACUUUUUAAAAUGCAUUUCUUUUCUUUUUUUUAAGGAAUAUGUUUAAUCAUCAUUUUCUCUUAAGGGCUGUUGAUCCCAAAGCAGAAUCUAUUUCUGUUUCUGGCAAUUUUGCUUCACUGUAUUUUUGAAUUUAUGUUGCGGUGCUUCUCAAGUUCACAGUGCAAUAUCUCAGGGAAAAAAAACUUCUCUAUAUAGAUGCUUGUUUUCCUUUCUGCUGUUUCCACAUUACUGUAAUAAAAUCCUGAUCUGGCUAAUUUCUGUUACUCUCGCCUCUUCUUCUUUCUUUUCCUCCAUCUCUUUUUCUAUUGCUGCAUUCUUGUGCUUUCCCUUAUUAAAAAUGAUGCUCUCUUCAUUUCCACCAGGGAGGUGAAGAGGGGAUGGCAGCGUGGCAGGGGGCUUUCUAAAAUGGGCAGGCUAAGAUCAGAAAUAGGCAUUAAUUUGGGGAAAUACGGAUGAAAACAGAGAAAAGGUUAAUUUUAUUUUUAAAGCUGCAAAACAGUUUAGGCAAUGGUGAUAGCAGAACAAAAUAAGCAUGUAACCUGUGAGAAGCAAAGCAUUUCUCAAAGUGUUUCCUAAAAGCUUUAUGCAUGCCCCUGUUUAAAAAGAAUUGGCUGCUAAUACACACUUUUCCACUGCUUUUUUGAAGACAGGAAAUCCAAUGUAAUAAAAUAGGGUGAAUCUAUUGCCAUUUUUUAGAAUGGUCUCUCAUUAAGCCAUUGUUAAAAUGCUGUUUUUUUACUAUAUCUGUGUGUUGCCU